CCAGAACGCCAUAAAAAGUGGCGGCUCUGCGCUUCGGCUUCCGCCCAUUUCUCUCUAGAUUUUGUACAUACCGUUCUGUGAUGACUUCGGCGGCGUCGACGAGCACCCUCCCAGCGGUCCCGGGCACUGACCCCUCCCGCUGUAUCCUGGAUUCCUUCCGGAUUUCCAUCGCGAAAAGAAUAGCGGACGCGCUCCCUGCUCUCAGUGUUGAGCAGGCGUAUAGUGGCGUGGAUUAUGGGAAGAAGGGGGUGGAUUUUACUGUUGCGCUGCCGCGGUUUAGGUUGCCGGGAAAGGUGGAUGAGCAUGCGAGUAAGGUUGUGAGCAAUUUCCAACCGGACGACUGGGUCCAGUCCGUCACGCACGACAAAGCGUUCCUGCACUUCCAGCUCAACACAACGACGCUCCUCAAGCAGGUCCUCACGCAAGUGCACGCGCUCACGCACGAGACGGCGUCCGGGAAGCCUGAAUACGGAGAGAAUAAGUCGGGCGCAGGGAAGAAAGUGAUCAUCGAGUACUCGUCGCCGAAUAUCGCCAAGGCGUUCCACGUCGGGCACUUGCGGUCGACGAUCAUCGGCGCGUUCCUCGCAAACCUGUACAAGGCGAGCGGGUGGGAGGUCAUUUCGAUGAACUACCUCGGCGACUGGGGGACCCAGUUUGGUAUGAUUGCAGUCGGCUUCGACAAGUACGGCUCGCAGGAGGCGCUCGAGAAAGACGCGAUCAAGCACCUUCUGGAUGUCUACGUCAAGGUGAACAAGGACGCGGAGGCCGACCCCAACGUCAAGGUAGAGGCAGCCAAGUUCUUCAAGCGUAUGGAGGACGGCGACGAGGAGGCGCUGAAGAACUGGCGGCAUUGGCGAGAACUCUCGAUCAAGAAAUACGUCGAGGAGUACGAUCGACUAAAUGUGCACUUUGAUGUGUAUACCGGCGAGAGCGAGGUGGGGCGCGAGUGGCAGGACAAGGCGCUUGAGCGGUUAAAUGAGAUGGGCUUGAUUAGCGAUGUGGAUGGCGCAAAAUUGGUCGACCUCGAGAAGUGGAAGCUGCAAAAAGCCGUCGUGCGCAAAAAGGACGGAACGUCCAUCUACCUGACCCGAGAUAUCGGCGGCGCCAUCGAGCGGUAUGAAAAGUACAAAUUCGACAAGAUGAUCUACGUCGUCUCGUCGCAGCAAGACCUGCACCUCGCGCAGUUCUUCAAGAUCCUGCGGCUCAUGGAGUUCCCGUGGGCGGACAACCUCGAGCACGUUAACUAUGGCCUCGUCCUGGGCAUGAGCACGCGCAAGGGCACGGUCGUGUUCCUUGACCAGAUCAUCAGGGAGGCGGCGGACGUCAUGCACGAGCAGAUGCGGAAGAAUGAGGAGAAGUAUAACGCGGUUGAGGACCCUGAAGGGACCAGUUUGGAGAUUGGCAUUACUGGAAUCAAGAUCCAGGACAUGGCCGCCAAGCGGGUAAACAACUACACAUUCAAUUGGGACCGAAUGAAGUCCUUCGAGGGCGACACCGGACCCUACCUACAGUACGCCCACGUCCGGCUCGCCUCAAUUGCGCGGAAAAACCCGAAUCUCCUGCCCCUCCCCCCGCCAUCCGAGAUUAAAGUCGACCUCUUAGCGGACUCACCGCACGCGCGCGAGAUCGUGUUCUUGCUGGGCUCAUACCCCGAUGUUGUGAAGACGGUGCUGAAGACGCACGAGCCGAGCGGCGUGGUGACGUUCGCGUUCCGGCUUGCGCACGCGAUCUCGAGCGCGUGGGACGUCAUGAUCGUCAAAGGCGAGCCGAACGAGGACCUGGCGAAGGCGCGUCUGUGGGUGUAUCUGAGUGCGCGGGAUGUGCUGGGCGCGGCGAUGAGGUUGCUGAGCAUCCGACCGCUAGAGCGGAUGUAGAGGUGACGCUGAAAUUCUUGUAUUGUAGAUGCCUCAUCAUGAUUUCGUUUAUGGUCCUCCAUUGAGCAGGUACACAUUUGUUCUGUCGACAGUGUUGAACUCUAGCGUUUCGGAAUACUAUGCCGACGCGUGGCAUCUCGGAGCAGUGUCAUGCAGGUCACCGUGACCGUUCCCGC